AGAUUCUUGGUGUUGCAUUGCAACAUUCUAAACCACGCUGCCAGCUCCACCGUGCCGGCCGCCAACCUCGUUCGUACGUCUCAAAGCCCCGCGUCCACCAUGGCUUCGGCACGGCACGCGCUGCUCCUCGCGGCCGCGAUGUCGGCGCUCGCCGUCUCCAGCGGAGCCACGGCGUCGGAGCUGAUGGUCUCGACCAUCCACGCGCGCGUGGCGGCGGAGUGGGCGUGGCCGGGGGCCGGGGCCGGGGCUUCUUCCGACGACUCGUGCUGGGGCUCGCCGGAGGAGUGCCCCGUCUAUUACGGCGUGGACGCCGAAGGCGGCGCCGCGACGAGGGGCCGGAUGCGGCUGCAACUGUACUACGACGUGGACACCGCGGCCAGCCUGCUGCCCACGGCGCAGUACAUCAGCUACAGCGCGCUGAUGCCGGACUCGGUGCCGUGCUCCGUGCCGGGGGCGUCCUACUACAACUGCCAGCCGGGCGCCGAAGCCAACCCCUAUACGCGCGGCUGCUCGGCCAUCAACCAGUGCCGCGAGUAGCUAGCUGACUUUGCUCUCUUCUUCUUCUUCCUCUCUCUCUCUCUGAUUUUUUUUUCUUUCUCGUUCCCGUGGCGUGGCACUUUCGGCCGUGGUUUCUUGCUGGCUUGCUGUGUGCUCCUGUCGACCUGCGCGUGUUGCGUUCUCGUCUGGUCAUCGCCUGGAGGGCGAUGGUUAUUAGGUGCUUUUACGGUUUUA